AUAGUGAAUAAUUUUAAUUCCCACAAGGUCACUUUUAUUUUAUUUGUUUUUCACCUGUGUAUGACUCAUUGUUUUUUACACCUUCCUAAAAACAAAUUCUUCAAUUUUCUACUAAAUAAUAUGUUGUUAAUAAUUUAAUUCGAUAAAUAAUUUAAAGGUAUGGUGAUACAUAAAAAUUUCGUCGAAUAGAAUAAGGUACACCUAUAUGUAAACAAUUUAUAAAGUAGAUAAAAUAUAAUGUUGAUAACAUAACUGUAGAUAACGUAAAAAUAUGCCUGCUCGCGACCGACUAAAAGAAUUACAAGAAAACUAUGAAGAACAAGACAACUCCGAAAAAAGUAAGGAAAAGAAAAUGGAUAAGGAAAUAAAAAAUUAUUUAAAAGAAUGCGACCUCGUUCGCGAUAACUUCGUAAAAAUCAAUGAAAACGUCUCAAAAAUCAAUGCAUUUCUAAAAGAAAAUAGAUGUUACAAAUUCGAAGAUUUGCAAAAUGGUGUUAAACCAAUUUCAAGAGAAACCGAUAAAAUCAUUCAAAAAAUUAAUCAAAAACUUAAAGAGUUACACAUCAAUAAAGAGGAUGUUGAACGAGUAACUACAGCAAAUACAAAAAUGAAAUUUAUGCAAUACACCAGUUUAAGAGAAGGAUUCACCACUACAUUAAAUUCAUACAUCGACGCUAUGAAACAUUACGAAGCAAAUUUAGAACAUUUCAAACACAGCAUACAGAAAACGGUGCAAGGGGACGAUUACGAUGAAACUCAACCGUUAACUGGCGGAGAUCAAGAUCAAUUAUUUAUAGGAAACUAUUUAAUUGAAAAACAUGAAGCUGAACAACAAUUAAAAGAUGUUGAAGAACGACACCAAUUGUUAUUACAAAUUGAGGGUCAAUUGGUAGAAGUUAAAGAUUUGUUUAUACAAAUUGCUAUAUUAGUUGAUCAACAGCAAGAAUCAAUAAAUAGAGCUGAAUAUCAUGCUGCUAUUUCAACACAUGCUGUAGAAAUGGCUAAUAAUGACUUGGAAAAUGCUAAAAAGAAGAAAAGAACAACAGGAAAGAUAAAAAUAAUUUUAAUCAUAUCCUCGAUUAUAAUUAUACUAAUCUUACUUAUUAUACUUUUAAAUUAAAAUAAAACUUUAAAAUAAAUUUUCCUUUUAAUCUUUAA